GGCGAGAGUCGCGCCGGCCGCGUCACGUGACCUCGCGACCCGCGAGCUGGUAGCAGGGGGAGACCCGGAGACCCGUCCCCUCCGCGCCGUCGACUCUACUGCAGGCCCGGAUGUGCGCGCGCGCGGUCUCGCUGAUGCUGCUGCUGGCGGCGGCGCUGGGGGCGGCGCCGGGGGCGGAGGACGCCGCCCACUGGAGGCGGCUGGGGCAGGCGCACCUGCGGCGCGUGCUGUCCACGCGACACAACCUCCGGCACGCGCGCAACGUGGUGCUGUUCGUGGGCGACGGCAUGGGCAUGACCACCGUCACCGCCGCCAGGAUCUUCAAGGGCCAGCAGCGCGGGCGGCCCGGCGAGGAGACGACCCUGAGCUUCGAGCGCUUCCCCGUGGUGGGGCUCGCCAAGACCUACAACGUGGACCGCCAGGUGCCCGACUCGGCCGCCACCGCCACGGCGCUCUUCAGCGGCGUCAAGGUCAACUACUACACGCUGGGGCUGGACGCGACGGCGACGCGCGACCGCUGCGACGCCCGCGCCGACGCGGCGCGACGCCUGGACACGCUGGCGUCGUGGGCGCAGGAGGCGGGCCGCCACGUGGGGCUGGUGACCACGACGCGGCUGACGCACGCCACGCCGGCGGCGCUGUACGCGCACGCCAACAGCCGCGACUGGGAGUGCGACGGCGCCGUGCCCGCCGACCAGAGAUCCUGCGCCAAGGACGUGGCGCGCCAGCUGGUGGAGGAGCUGCCGGGGAGGAACCUGCGCGUGGUGCUGGGAGGCGGCGCGCGCCAGCUCGGAGACUCGGAGGCCGGCGACGACGCCGUGGACGGCUGUCGGCGGCGCGACGGGCGCAACCUUGCCGAGGAGUGGCUGCGGCUGGGCGGCGGCCGGCGCCGGCUCGUGCGCACGGCGCAGGAGCUGGAGACCCUGGACGUGUCACGCGCCGACUACCUGCUGGGGGUGUUCGCCCCCGACCACCUGCCGUACGGCGCCGAGCGCUCCCCGCAGCACCCCUCGCUCGUCAACAUGACGGCGGCGGCCAUCGCCGUGCUGGAGCGCCACGCGCCGGGCUUCGUGCUCGUGGUGGAGGCCGGCCGCAUCGACCACGCGCACCACGACAACUUCGCGCGCCUCGCCUUGCAGGAGGCCGUGGAACUGGACCAGGCCGUGGCGGCGGCGCUCGAGCUGACGGACCCCGACGAGACCCUGGUCGUCGUCACCGCCGACCACUCGCACGCCUUCACCGUGAACGGCUACCCGCCGCGCGGCGCCGACGUGCUCGGCUUCGCCAACGAGACGGAGGGCGAGCCCUACGAGACGCUGAGCUACGCCAACGGCAAGGGCUACCACACGCACCACCACGCCAAUGGCUCGCUGCGGCGCGCCGCGGAGCUGGACCGCGCGGCGCCCAGGUACCGCCACUUCGCGGGCCGGCCGCUCGACGUGGAGACGCACGGCGGCGAGGACGUGCCGGUGUACGCGCGCGGGCCGCACGCGCACGUGCUGGCCGGCGUCUACGAGCAGAGCUACGUGGCGCACGCGCUGGGCUACGCCGCGUGCCUCGGCCCGUCGGCGGAGCUGUGUCCGCCGCGCGCGCGGCUGCGCUACCGGGGCGGCGCGCGGUCCCUGGCGCCGCCGGGGGCGGUCCUGCUCGCCCUGCUGGCCCUGGUGGCCCUGGGGCGGUAGCGACACUCGCCCUGCUCGCCCUGGGGUGGUAGCGACACUCGCUCUCCUCGCCCUGGGGCGGUAGCGACCCUCUCCCUGCUCGCCCUGGGGCGGUAGCGACACUCGCCCUCCUCGCCCUGGGGCGGUAGCGACCCUCUCCCUGCUCGCCCUGGGGCGGUAGCGACACUCGCCCUCCUCGCCCUGGGGUGGUAGCGACCCUCGCCCUGCUCGCCCUGGGGCGGUAGCGACACUCGCCCUGCUCGCCCUGGGGCGGUAGCGACCCUCGCCCUGCUCGCCCUGGGGCGGUAGCGACACUCGCCCGGCCUCGCAGCAGACCAGUCUUGGGGCUGUCUGCACCCGGAACUCGCGCGAAGAGACUGCAUUAUAACUAGAGACCUGUAAAAUUCGCGGAUUCAUUUCCCGAUGGGAUAGAGACCAAAUACUUUUGUCAUUAUUUUGCUUCAGUGAUUGGGCCACAGUUUAUCUGAAGGACUCUGGGCCAAUGAAAAAUCUUUAACAGAUGAUUUAGCGAAUCACGAUCAUUCCAGUCAACAGGUGUUACGAGUCGGUAACCAAUCAGCAGAUGUAAUUUUCACGAGUGCAUAGAGGAUCAUGGAGUCUAUCCAUUAGGGAUUUGAAAUAGCGAAUUUUAAAGGUAUCUAAUUAUAACUAUCAGUGAGCUGACACGAGUUUGUUUUUCAUCAGCAUUCGAUCGUUUUUCACUCAAGAUUCUUUUUGCAUAGCCAUAUUGUUAUUUUUUUUGUUUAAUAAUAUUUGAUAAGAGUUGUUGACCUUAAACGGGGUUGCAUGCAUAACUUUCGUUCAAGCAUAUGAUUGCUCUAUAGUUCACCAGCCAACAGACAGAAGCAACAUAACAGACUUUCUGCAUCAGUACAAAUCGCAAGCUGACUGCGUGUAAUAUCCCUGUUCCAACUCAACGGAAGAUUCGGAACUAUCAUGAGCUUGUUUGUAAAGUAAUUCACAGUAUUCUAUCUUUCUCCCGUAGUUGUCUGUUCGUCAGCAGGACUUUUGGUAAUACUGAAGAAUAGUCUUCCGCGGUAUGGGGACUGCUUAUCCGGGUCCAGUUUACAGGGAAUCGAUAAUACAUCAGAGUUUCAAGUCCAUCCUGUAACCCAAUAAUUCUUUAAAAUGAAAGAAAUCUCUGACAUUGAGAUAUUCUUAAAAAGAAAACUUUUUCCCUAAGUUCAUGACAUGUUUUUCAUGUCCCAAUAAAUCCAGGCGUUCAUGUUAUGCAUGUAACUACAAUAAUAAGUUGUCUACAAUAAACAGAAAUAAGCUACGCUCCUUUUUAUAAAUCCAUGUCAUAAGACCGUCAGAGCUGAUGCGACGUGUUGCCCAAAUGACAUUCAGUAUAUUCUAGUCAUUAGCAACUCCUAAAUUUCCAUAAAUAAUUAUAUUGUAAUGAAUGAAAUAUAAAUAUGUUACAGUAAUUUUUAAUUCCUAUCUACGUAAUCCAGUCGUGUAACCAUUUCUCCAGUAAUGAAUACAGAAAAAAGUUGUAAGUAAUUUAAAGUUUUAAUAACGUAAUAUUAAUUUCAAAUUUUCUUGUAAGACAUCUGUAGUGACAUAAAAUAUUCCUAAUAUAAAUUGAGUCACCGCCAGCGCAAUUUAAUAUUUAGUACUAAUGUUUCUUUUUUAAAAAAAGUUACGAGCGAUGUUUCUACAUUAUCAGAUUGAUGUAAAAUGUAGGGUGACCUGUUUGCAACAUAAUAAUAUUUAUUUUCAGUCACAAAGAAAUUAAGACAAUGAAAUUAGCAACAACAAAUACAAAGAAAUAUAUAAAAGGGUGAUAAAAGUAACCUUUUAAUUAAUGAAUAAACUUACAGUAGCGUUGAAUCUUAAAGAUUACACCAAGGACCAACGAAUAUUUCAAUAUUUCUGCUAGAUAGGGAAGUACAACUUCUUGUAGUUAAGAUCUAGAUCAUAUUUUACAAACGUAUAAUGACAAUUGUAGUGUCGAAACUCCUACUCGUUGACACUAGGCCGGUGCCAUACGUGAAACUGUAUAGUAUAAACUAGUGGUGUGUGAAGACUGACGACCUGAAAAUAGUUUUAUAUUAACGGUGUUUGAACCGCCAGUUCGUUGCUAUCCGGACGUACGAUAAAUCGCUAGGAACCAAAGAGAAGCGAGCACAGAAUGACGUCACCUGCGACUAUUUAUUUGUUUUUUUGAAUGCAUGCAGUUAUAUUGCACAACUGCCUUACAAGGUUUUUUUUCUUUACAGUUAUUCCAUUCGUAUUUUGAGCUUUGUAUUUUUUUAAUAACGAAUAUGAAAAUUGUGCAUAAGUAAAGACCGGAAAAAUUCGCGGAUUCAUUUCGUGAUAGGCUGAAAUUCAAACAUGUGUACAAUUCUGCUGGUUCUGCUAUUGGCUCGCAGUUUAACUGGAGAUCUCUGGGCCAAUGAGAGACUAUCGACCAAAGAAGCGUCGAAUCACAAGCUACCCAGUGGUGACGCCUCACAAUUUAGUACCCAAUGAACACGCAUGUUUACUUGAGAAAUGCAGAGGAUAAUGGAGGCUAUCCUAGAGGUCAUUUAAUCCGCGAAUUUUUCCGGUCCCUAUGCAUAAGGAGUUAAAUUUUUAUUACAUUUCAUAUCAACACUGUGUGUUAGUGGGAGUGUGCUCCUAACAACUUAUGUCGUGUGUGAUGUUAAUAGUUGAGUGUGUGAGUAUAUUUAUUGAGUGUUUUGUUUGAUGUUUAUGAUGGCCAAUUGAUCCUAAAACAGUAUUGACAUGUCCUGACUGCAUUGCAAUUAAUGUUGUGUGUGUAUCAUAAAAACAUUUGUAAGGACAUUCAAAGGCAGGGUAACUGCUACCCUGAACGAAAAGAGACGACAAUUUUGACCGCAAUUUCGGAUAUUAUCUCUCCCAAAAUUCACAAGUCUAGCCAGUUUAUUCAUAUAUUUUUAUUUAGGUUUGGUAUUUACUUGCAGUAUCUAAUAAGAUUGUAUUCAGGUAAACAUAUACUGUAAGGUAUUCAGCCAGGUUGUACAAAACAUAUUGUAAUUGCUUUAUGUACCAAUGCUUCACAAUAAAUAAUGUUCAAUUCUAAUUAUUCAUAUUAUAAUUUUGUUAUAAGAGUGUGCUAAUAUUUUAUUUCCCUAGGUGUGUAGGUUUUUUUUUAAAUAACUUUCUUUGGCACAGACCAAAUACAACAUGCAGAACUAUGAAAAUUUCAUUGAAGAAUUUUAACACUUACAGACACUUACAUAGUCACGUUGCUAACAUAAUGGAGCUACAAAAAAAACUUUGUAUUAAUUUCAAGAUAUUAUUGAUUCCACGUUAUUCCGGUAGGCCUUUUGGAGAUAAGGGAUGGGUCGGGGGCUUUCGAACUAAGUUGUUCUUAAAGCGCUCUUGCCCAGUUGGAUCUAAGCUCAUGUGCCAGGGCCACUUUGUGUGGAUGAACUAGGUCUUUGUAAGGCGGACGCAUAUCAACAUUCUGGCUCCAGAAAUGUUAGCGAAUGUUUUUAUGUUCGUUUAAGAAAAAAAAGAUUAUAAUUGUAACUGACUCCAAGCUGCUUUCUGUUGCUAGAGUUUUUUUCAGAACAAAAAAUAAAAGUUAGCAUUAAACUGGAAAUAAAUGAACUUUUAGCACACACUGGUAAAUGCACGCACAGACAUUUUGGCAGCUCAUCAAGAAAUUAUUCUUUAGACUUAAAACAUUGUAAAAACGUUUUAACUGGUUGCUGUUAAAAAUUGGUUGAAUUUUUGGGUAUAUCUGAAUUGAGAGACUAUUUCCAAAAUAAAAAUAAAAUUGCGAAAACUCC